GAGGUUAUACCCCCUGGCUUUUACAGAGAACUUCGAUAAAAAAUAAUUUGUAAAAAGUGAAAAAGAAUUCGGUGCUGUACGUUAAUAAUUCAGUUUAUUUUUCAUUGUUUCUGCGUGUCAAGCUAGACUAAUUAUAUAUCUAUGUAUAACGUCUCGUAUGAAAACUUAUUUAAACUGCAAUUUGUCAUCUCGAAAUACUCUCCGAGGUAUUAAAUAAUUGCGUAACAAAAUUAUAAAAUCGUAUUUUGCGAAACUCUGAAAAAAAAUCAUGACCGUUCAAUUUGAACGUCUCAUAUAACACUUGACGUGGAACGUAGUAGUGUAAAAACAUUGAUAAAAAAAAUAAAGAUGCCGCGGUGUUAUCUCUCGCGGAGAAUCUCAUGUCACGCGUCACUGAUGCAUCUAAUAAUCCAUAAUAAUGCGAUGGAGAAUAAUAUUCCACAAGCUUAUUUCACACAACAGUCGUUUGGUUACUUUUCGUCCUAACCUCCUGAAAAUUUCCAAGUGUACAAAUUCAAAUCGCGGUAUGGCAACGGACACGAAAUUCCUGUCGGAGUCGAGGACCGAUCUGAAAGAUAUCUUCCGUGCCGCUGUGAAAGCGGUGUCACCGAGCGAGAUCAUAAGGAGACGAGUGAAACUUCGAGGUAACGCUCUCCACGUCGACGAGAGGAGCUUUCCGCUCAAGGGGGACGUUUACCUCGUCGGAUUCGGCAAGGCGGUCAUGGGAAUGGCCGUGGAGCUCGAACGAGUGUUUGGUAAUACUCUGAAGAGAGGUAUCGUCAGCGUACCGAGUGUGUCGCGUGACGAUAUGUGGGCCUUCGAAGAUAAAUCCAGCUUUCCUAGGUUGCACGACAGUAGGAUAAUCUAUUGCGAAGGUGGUGUUAACAAUCAACCCGACGACAGAUCGUUGGACACCACGCAUAACAUCAUAGACCUGGUGGAAAAGCUGACCGCAACUGAUACCCUUAUAGUAUUAGUGUCAGGUGGAGGCUCUGCGUUGCUGUACAUGCCAAGGCCCGUCCUGGAUCAGGAAGACAAGUUGGAACUCUGUAAAAGGCUUCAAAACGCAGGUGCCGACAUCACAGAGCUUAACACCGUGAGGAAAAAGUUAUCUUUGGUAAAGGGUGGUGGUUUGGCACGUAUGGCCUAUCCCGCGUCUGUUAUUACGUUGAUAUUGUCCGAUAUCGUCGGCGAUCCUAUAGACUUGAUCGCCAGCGGUCCUACUGUUUAUAGUCCAAGAGCACCGAAGCAAGUCAUUGCUAUAUUGAAAAAGUAUAACUUGUAUCAGUCACUAGAGGGUGAUUUAAAGAAAGUCAUAACAUCUAAGGAGAAGUUUAAUGACAAACCACUGUUAAAUCCGGCCAAACAGUUCAAACACGUAACAAAUAUAAUUCUAGGGAACAAUAGAACGGCUCUUGAAGCUGCGAGCCUUGAAGCUUUGCGCAAAAAAUUGACUCCGAUAAUAUUAAGAAAUGAUAUUACAGGAAAUGUACAGGAAGUUAGUUUAGCAUAUGCUCAUCUAACAAAUCUGAUAUGUCUAGUUUUGCUAAAUGAGAUUGAGAAAGAAGAAUUUUACGAUAGAGUACGGACUAUGUCAAUACUUUCAUUGCCUAUUAAUAAAGUCGAUGAAAUCUUUCGUCAUAUUACUAGCAAUCUUAGUGGUAUAGUUUUAAUUGGAGGAGGAGAGCCAACGGUUGUAGUGACGGGUCAAGGAAAAGGCGGUAGAAAUCAGGAGUUAGCUUUACGUUUUUCAUUAGAUUGGUUAGCAAAAAUUAAAAGUUACCCCCGACUUACUGAGUAUGAUGUAAUUAUGCUCAGUGCGGGCACUGAUGGUCAAGAUGGUCCCACUGAUGCAGCGGGUGCAUUUGGUUAUCCUGCCAUCGCACCUGUGAUGCAUGAUUUUUACUCAAAACUUGAAUCUAUGAUUUCUAAAGAAAAUACACAGACUGAACAACAAAUAAUGGUAGAUGGAAAAACUCUGAUCAAUCCAUGCAAACAACAGCAAACAAAUAGACAUCUAACAAAGUUCAAUAUUGAACCAAAGGAUCAAGAUUCUGAUAAUGUAACUGAAGAGUUUCCUGGAGAAGAUAUUAAUGAACAUAUCAAUGAAUUAAUAUUAAAGACAAUGGAAGCGGAACGCAUGUUACCUGAAAAUGUUCUAAAAGAAAAUGAUACGUACAAUUUUUAUUCACGCUUCAAAAAAGGGGCGGAUUUGAUUAAAACAGGAAAAACCGGUACCAAUGUUAUGGAUUUACAUUUUAUUUAUAUCAAAAAACGUCAGUGCAAGUGUGAGAUUGAUUCAUCUGAUAAACCAAUAUAUGAAGAUAUCUUGGACGUACAUGAUUUACAUAUUGACGCAUCGACUAUUGAAAAGUACAAGACUACACGUGCUUCUUUAAAAUUUGACAAAGACAGACUUUUACAAAUUCCAUCUAUUGAAGCUAAAGAGGAAAAGAAAUCAUUUCUUAACAUAAAAAUCAUUGAUGAAAAUUUUAGAGAUUCGUGCUACAAUAAAAAAGAGCACAAACUGGAUUAAUUGAAAAAUAUAUAAAGAAUACAUGUAUGAAAAAUUUUAUAUUAUUGCAUAAUUACGUAUAAUUGUAUAUAUAAAAUAAAUUAUAUGUUUGAUAAUAUUUCUUUGGAGGAAAAUGGAUGAAUUUUAAAUAUUGCAAAUUUUUAAAUAUAUAUAGAAUACUUCAAUUAUAUUCGGUGUCAAAGGCACUGCUUAAAAAUAAAUCUCUUAAAUGAUAACAUUUGCUACAUAACAUAUCCAUUAUGCUUGAAAAUGUGACA